AUGGGCAGCACUAAAGAGGAUGAUAGACUCUUGAAGAGGAUUGCAUUUCCAGGAGCUGUGUCCCUGGCUAACAGCCACAUGCACCCCCUUGGGGUACCCCUGAGAGAGCCCUUUGGGGUUCCCUUCCACCUGGACCCAUCUUACUGGGAGCAAGCCUAUAGUGGGCACACAGGCCGCAUCUCCUACGUCCCGUUUCCCGGCUACAUGGGCAUCUAUGACUAUUCCUUGGAGCCUGCCUUCAUUCGGAAGAGGAACGAGAGGGAGCGGCAGCGGGUGCGCUGCGUGAACGAAGGCUACACGCGCCUGCGGGAGCACCUGCCCAAGGAAUUCUCCGACAAACGCCUCAGCAAAGUGGAGACCCUGAGAGCUGCCAUAAGCUACAUCAAACACCUGCAGAGCUUGCUGGACUGCCAUCCCUUAGGCUCUGACACUAAGGAAACGCUCUCUGCCCAGGAGCGCCCGGGAGCUCCCAGCCAGGCUUCCCCCCGGGAGUGCAACAGCGAUGGAGAGUCCAAAACUUCUGCAGCAUCAUCCCCCUACAGCGAAUUUGAGGAGACGGGCAGCUAGGUCUCCUCUCUGGACACAGACAGCUUCAAGUUUGGCUGAAAAACUAUUUCAAACCCUGGGGAAUUUUCUACUGAUGAAAAUUAAUGUCAGGGAAAGGAGAAACAGAUAGGGAGGGGAAAAAAAAAAAAACAACCAGAAAAAAAGGACUCUGAAUGUUCCCUGUAUAAAACUUAAACGUGAUUUGUAAACAAACAGAUAUCUCUCAGGUUGCUUCAGCUGUGUUACUAAGCUUCCUUUGGAUUGUUUGUUAAACUGGAGCAAUAUUUGCAUUUGAC